AUGACUGUUCUUAUAAUACGUCUUCUCAUAAUUAAUGUUCGUAUAUUAUGUCUUCUUAUAAUGACUGUUCUUAUAAUACGUCUUCUCAUAAUUAAUGUUCGUAUAUUAUGUCUUCUUAUAAUGACUGUUCUUAUAAUACGUCUUCUCAUAAUUAAUGUUCGUAUAUUAUGUCUUCUUAUAAUGACUGUUCUUAUAAUACGUCUUCUUAUAAUUAAUGUUCGUAUAUUAUGUCUUCUUAUAAUGACUGUUCUUAUAAUACGUCUUCUUAUAAUUAAUGUUCGUAUAUUAUGUCUUCUUAUAAUGACUGUUCUUAUAAUACGUCUUCUCAUAAUUAAUGUUCGUAUAUUAUGUCUUCUUAUAAUGACUGUUCUUAUAAUACGUCUUCUUAUAAUUAAUGUUCGUAUAUUAUGUCUUCUUAUAAUGACUGUUCUUAUAAUACGUCUUCUUAUAAUUAAUGUUCGUAUAUUAUGUCUUCUUAUAAUGACUGUUCUUAUAAUACGUCUUCUCAUAAUUAAUGUUCGUAUAUUAUGUCUUCUUAUAAUGACUGUUCUUAUAAUACGUCUUCUUUAUAAUUAA